AUAUUAAAUGGCCAAAAGACAUUUAAGGAAUUGCUUAAAAUCCUUAGCCAAGAGGGAAAUGCAAAUCAAAUGGCACUAAGAUACCAUCUCACUAACAACCUCAUAGCUUGAUGAGCUCUACUGACACUGGGGGAAUCUUCAUAACUAACUAUGUAACUUUUUUUGAGCCCACCAAUCUCUAAAAUUCUGAAGAUCUUCCCUGGGUGAAUAUUCACUUCAGAGGUCUCAUCCCUACUACUCCCCUUUAUCCUGACCUCAUUUCUAAGCAUCCUUUCUUUCUCAAAUUAUUGAUUAUUAAUCUUAAGGAGGGGAAAAUCUAACCGUGGACAGUGCAUGUGAAGUGAGCUUUCAACUUCACUUAGAUAAAGUUUCUAAUGAAGCAGAGGCCUAGAUUUCUGGCUUUGGAAGGAGGAUCUACCUAAAGGCUUCCAUUGUGAAUCCAGAGGCUCCUGAAAAUGGCACCUUGGUUUCAAGUCACUUUUGGGUGAGGUAUGUAACAGGGAUGAAAUAGCUAUACCAGGUGACAUCAGCACAUGGACAUUCUACUGUAUCCUGGAGAGCCCUGGCAUUCCAUGUGAUGUCACCAGUGUUGUGGCAACACCAACUGUCAUUGGGGCAUUUGUGCAGUGUCUUGUGUUUCACCUACAGACAUGCUGUCUAGACUGAACAGGAUUGUUGGGAGACAGGAUGGAGAGCACAGGGAGACCAAAGGGAGGCAGAAGGAAGAUGGCCUUCAGUCUCCAUGUCACACAUCAAGAAAUAAAUGGUUCUGGGGAAAGCGCAGGACUACUAGGAAGGCAUCAUCCACACCUGUCUUCCUCACUGAGCAGGAGCAGCAGCUGAACCAGGUGGAUAAACUGACCCUUCAGCUACAGAUGAUGACCAAUGAGAGGAAUGAACUGCUGGAACUCCUGGCCCUUUAUAACAACAAUGAGUUGAACAACAGGCUGAAAUCUGAGCUGGAGAUGCUGAAAACACAGCAUAAGAAGGAGAUGUCAGAUGUAAAGAAAUUCCCCAAGAAGAUUUGUGAGGCUUCGUACAAGUGCAAGGAGCUGAGUGAGCAGACCAACUCCUACCGCACCCUCUACAGUCAGCUCCUGAGUGAAUGGACUCGGCUGAUGGAAAAAGUGAGCAUGUUGAAAGAGGACAACAGAAAGCUGCAUGGGGAGCAGAUUUUACUACAAGAGUCCUGUGAGGAGGCCAGGAGGCUCUGUGAGGAGGCCCAUGAGAAGAUCUAUGACCUUUGGACAAAGCAGCAGCAGGAACAUCAAAGACUUGAGGAAGAUCUUCAGUCCCUGAUGAAGCAGAAGGAGCUGCUCACCCGGCAAAGGGACUUGGCAGCAAAGCUGCAGCAUCACUUCACUGUGUCCCAGAUGAGGUUUGAAAACCUCCAGCAGGAACUGGAGCAGACCACAGCCCAGGAUGAGAGCCUCCUGCAGAUGGAGCUGCUGAAGCAGAAACACUAUGUCCCAGCACCUGUUAAGCCUGAGAAGGCUGGAAGAAGCCAGAGACACCUUGAAGGCAUGACAUUCUACACUCCAGGUUCAAGGCCUCCUCAGAAAAUGCUACCUCUUUUCAGCUUUGAACUCAACAGUGAGGCAAAUAUCAACCUACCAUCAGGCGAUCCAGCCACAAUAUCAUCCACAUCUGUUGGCUCACUAUCCCCAGAGAAAAGUUUGUGUCAGAAAUAAGUCUAAGAUACAGAGAACACAAAACAAAUUACUAAAAACCCUGACUCCAUAUGUGAUGGGAAAUCUGACAAGGAAGACUGUGUUUAUGUCACACUGCCAUCCAGACAGACCACACCAAAAGCACAAGAGUCUCUCUACUGCAGUGCUGAAGCUGACGCCAUGUCAUGGGCAAGUGUAGCUGAAGAUAAUUCACUACAGAGAAUAAGCCAGUUCCUCACCUCAUUUGCGCUUCCAUAGUGAAAUUACAAAGAAAACUGAAAUUUCCUUAAUAUUUUUGUUUUAUAUCUUGGGAUAUUUAUGCAUUGGUUUUUGGUUUUCUUCAUUUUCAUUUAAGGUUUUGUUAACUUUUGUUAUUACUCUUAUUCUUGUCAUUGUUUUAAUAGUUUGCUAAGGCUAUACACUGUAUAUAAUGAUACUGUUUUGAAGGCCCCAUUGAGUAAAAUGAAUGUAUUUUAUGAAUAAAAUACAAUUUCAAACUUUUUA